AAGUGGGCUGGGACUCGAACAUUUCCACUAAGGAGUGGAAUAACCCGAGGAAAAAAGAGGAAUACCAUACUGCUUUAGCCGUAUCACGCAGUGAACCCACUACCUCGAAGCUCACGGCGUAACAUGAACGUCAGAAACUCGGAUGCACGGUCUCGUGAAAGGUCCUGUAAGAGGAAUCCUCACGUGGACGCAGCUGGAGCAUGAAAACAUCUCAGUACCCGAGACUCAGGGAUAGCUCCGCUCCUCUUUCUCUUCCUCAUUGACAAUUUACAGUAGUGGUGUACCAACACACACGCCGGUGUUUUCAGCACUUGGACUGAAUAUGUACCAGGGACAUUCACAGGAGAAAGACUCUAGGGCGGUUGCUAUGGUGCUGAAGGAGCUACCAAGUAAGGCAUCCUCAGAUGGAAAACCCCUGCUCACCGUGACAACCAAGUUGUGUAGUGAGCAGCAAGAGAGCCGUCCGUUACUCAGCCCUUCUAUUGAUGACUUCCAGAGUGAGAGCAAGAGUGAUGGAGCCACACGGCCAGUCACCUCCAACACAGCAGUCUUGUCCACAGCACUAGACUUGGUGGACUUGAGUGAACCUUGUGAGAGAAGGUGGAGUUGGGACAGAUGGAGUCCCCGUGGGUCUCGUAAGAAUGGUUUCUCUAAGAGUAGCCUUCGCAAGAAGAAGACUGAAGAGACGGAGCUGAUCCAGGUGGAGACAGAACCAUCAUCUCCCAGCCGUUCUAACCCUGAGAGAGCCUCAUUAGAUUCAGUGAGCAGCUCACCCUUGGAGAAAUGGGAGGAGGUGAGCCUUCACCCAGACAGUGCCUUGAAUGGAGGGCGUAAGUGGAGAUAUGAGAGGAAGAGGUGCACCUCCAACCAUUCAUCUAGUGAGCUUUUGUGGUCUGCAGACUUUAAAACAGAUUUCUCUAACAGGCAUAGUGCCCUGGAGCUCAGCAUUAGCACGGAGUCAGACCCUGGGCCGGCCCCUCAGCGGCAGAGGCCCCAGCUGGGUGGUACUUUACUGGGGAGGCAACACUCAUUAGAGGAGGAGUUUGUUCGAGCCAAGGCUGCUGUGGAGUCAGACACUGAGUUCUGGGAUAAAAUGCAAGCAGAGUGGGAGGAGCUGGCGCGGAGGAACUGGUUGGAGGAUGCUGACAGUGAAGGCCUGGUUCCACUCAACUUUUCACCCACUGAGAAGGGUUACUACUUCCAUACCAGUAACCCUUACAAAGACUACACCAAUGCCUCUGAACAGGGGCUGCAGAAAUGCAGGGACGGGGAUCUGAACAGUGCUGUACUACUACUGGAGGCGGCCAUCUUACAAGACCCUCAAGACUCAGAGGCUUGGCAGGUUUUGGGUACCACACAAGCAGAGAAUGAGAAUGAGCAGGCAGCCAUUGUUUGUCUUCAGAGAUGUUUGGAACUGCACCCAAACAAUCUGAAGGCCCUGAUGGCCCUGGCAGUGAGCUUGACCAACACAGGACAGCAGCCGGAAGCCUGUGAGGCUCUCCACCGCUGGAUCAGAUACAACCCCAGAUACAGACAUCUACUCCAGGACCGCAGCCCUCUAGACGGUUCCCCAUUGCCUCGCCGCAGAGGGUCCUCCAUAUCCCCCAUCUCCACUCUCGGAUGUAAUGGCACAGACAGCAGCAGGAAACCCACUUGUCAGACAGUGUGCAAUUGCCAAAUUGAGUUCUCUUUUAACUCUCAGCUGGUGGAGGUGUUGGAGCUGUAUCAGGAAGCAGUGCAGCAGAACGCUGAAGGAGUGGACCCUGAUCUCCAGACAGGCCUUGGUGUGCUCUUCAACCUCAGCUCAGAGUUUGACAAAGCUGUCGAUGCCUUUAAUGCUGCUCUUUCUGUCCGACCUGAGGACUAUCUGCUGUGGAAUCGGCUCGGGGCCACACUGGCAAAUGGUGACCGCAGUGACGAGGCAGUGGAGGCCUACACCAGAGCUCUGCAGCUCCAGCCAGGCUUCAUCCGUUCGAGAUACAACCUCGGCAUCAGCUAUAUCAACCUAGGGGCACAUCGGGAGGCAGUGAACAACUUCCUGACAGCUCUGCACCAGCAAAGAAAGAGCAGGAGUCAUCAGGUGAUGUCCAGCAACAUCUGGGCAGCUCUGCGGAUUGCCCUCUCCCUCAUGAACCAACCAGAACUUUUCCAGGCAGCCAGCGUGGGAGAUCUGGACCUCCUAAUGAGGGCCUUCAACAUGGAUAUGUGAUUAAACUUGGACCUGUGAUAUCUAUCAUUCACGUACAGUAGGCACAAAGUUAGGCUCAAAUGAAUAUGGGAUGUCAAUUUGAUAUGCAGAGUAUGCACAGCUAAUUUUGUUGUAUUUUUGGGCAGCCUUUGCCUUCUUCAGAGGCCACUGAAGAGGGUGUUUAUAUUGCAUAGAGCACAAACAGAAUAGGUAAGUGAUGGGUUUUGAAAGUAAAGGAAUAAAUGUCAAAGAGAGUGAGAGCAAAAGCACUUUUUUCUUGAUGUUAGUUAUAUUUUACUGUAAUAUUUUUAAGGUUAUCUAGAAACUUUGUAUACUUGAGAACAAUUAACCAGACCUCAUUGGGGAAUAUAGGAGGAAUUUUGUUUAGUUUGUGUAUUAGAACUGAAUAUUAAUCCUCUCAAAAACCUAGCUAUUUAUUAUGGCCAGUUCUGAAGAUCAUUUGUUAAACUUUUUUUUCUUUUUUAAUCUGUUCAUUUUACAAUGGUAAUUUAUGUGUCUCUCCACAAGGUGGCACUGUUGUUUAGCUGAUAAAAGUGUAGCUAUAUAUAAAGUCAGUUAAUCCUCUGUUAAACCCAGUGAGGCCAAGUGCAGUGUGAGGACUAUUGCUAGCUGAAUUUCACUUUAGGACACAACACCCUUUCAGGGUGAUCUGUGCCCAGGUGUGCGAGCAGGGUGUGUUCCCUGGGCCAUCUGUCUUCCAGCAAGCCCCUUUUAAUGCCGCGUGCUCCAGGGCAUUCUGGAUCAGGGCUCGGUGGGGAGCAACUUCAAAGACUCUGCAUGAAAGGUCACAGCAAAAGCAGUAUCGUGUUGAAAGUGAGUGAGUUUAUGUAAGACCGUUAGCCCAAAUGUUUAAAAGGACUAAAUACAUUCACAAAUCUAUGAACAACACUUUGGUCAUGUUUUUCAGUUGUUUGGCCUGGUAAGUUUGAAGUGCAUUUCAUGUGACUGAAAUCGCUUUAGCCUAUAGAGAUAUGACGGUUUAUAGCAAAGAAGCCAUGUGCUAGAACAGUUAUGAUUUCAGCUCCUUUAUAUACUAAUAGGCUAGAUAUUUUCUUUGAAGACAUAACUAUGCAAACCAGCAUUGCUGUUUUGUUUGUUUGUUCUGUUUUGGCUAAAAUUACCAAAAAUCUUUGGUGUCUUUAUAAUUUUGCCACUAUGCAUUAUUAGUAAAGUCGGUGUAACAGGAGUUAGCUGAGAUAAUUGAAGGGCACUGAAUGAAACACAGUGUUUAAAGACAUAAAUAGCAUUAAUAAUCUUAAUAAUUUUGGGCAAAGACAGAUAAAGUUGCUUCAUUAGAUGCACCUUCAAUUUAAAUAUUACAAACGAUUUGGGAAAUCUGAUGAUUGCAUGUAUGAUACACAAAACAGAAUUCCCUCUUUAUGGUCCCAUAUUUUAACUUUAAAGUGAAUGUAACUACUAUUAAUAUACAUUGUUUUUGACAGACCAAAAUUCCAACACAAACAUACUAUAUAUGAUAAUAUUUCAAAUCAUAUGCCAUGUAUGAGCACAGUAUGCGGGCAUUGAUGACACUUGUCUUGUAGUAAAUCACACUAGUUUUGCUAUGACCAGAGCUGUUAUGAAACUAUGACUAUAAUUACUGACUAAAAUUGUAGAAUAGUAGAAGGAAAUGUAUUUAUUUAUUUAUUUAUUUAUUUGUAAAAUAGAUUAUUUCAUGGAAUGAACAGUCAUAAAAUGUAUGCAUGUCUCUUUCAAUCUCUCCUACAUUAACAUGUAAUAUAAUCAAGAUGCAUUUAUAACCAAUUUAUUAAAGCUGUAUUUUAGAAGAUCUGAAA